ACGCACAUUCCUGAGAAAAACACGUGAAGCUUUGGCAAACUUUGAAUUUUCGUCCUGUGUACAUUUAUUUCGCUGUAGUUAGUUAUCUCUUUUUCACUAUGGUUGAAAUAGAUGUGGAUACCCAGUUGGGGUGUGAAUCUGAGGAGGAGGAGGAUGAAUUAUCAGACGGUGAACUGCAAGAAGCCUUCGCCAAGGGUUUGCUGAAGCCUGGCUUGAAUAUUCCUCUGUGUGAACCAAAGAAGACAAUCAACAAUGUGGAGGGUCUGAAGAAAUGCCUUGCUGAAUUUAAGAAGACUUUAUCAUGGGUUGAAAGGCUGGACCUCACCAACUCUCCAGCUGUUGACAUUGUUGCAAAAGCAGAGGGCAGACAGCAACAAACAGAAGGCAAUGAAGCCAUUAAUGCAGAGGAUGACUUUCAGAGAGAGAUGUACUUCUAUCGCCAGGCCCAAGCGACAGUUUUAGAGGCCCUGCCAAAGCUGCGGAAGUUCAAGAUUUCUACCAAGCGACCAGAGGAUUACUUUGCAGAGAUGGCUAAGUCAGAUCAGCACAUGCAGAAGAUUAGAAAAAAGCUCCUCAUCAAGCAAACUGCUAUGGAGAAGUCAGAAAGGGCCAAGAAACUCAGAGAACAGAGGAAAUAUGGCAAAAAGGUUCAAACAGAGGUGAUUCAGAAGCGGCAGAAAGAGAAGAAAGCAAUGAUGACAGCUGUCAAGAAAUAUCAGAAAGGAAUGACAGAUAAACUGGACUUCCUGGAAGGAGAUCAAGAUCCGGGAAAGAAAGGAUCGGCACCCAAAACACAAAUAAACAAAAAAGGUCCUAAUUCAAAGAGGAAAUACAAGGAUAAGAAGUUUGGCUUCGGUGGCAAGAAGAAGGGCAGCAAAUGGAACACAAAAGAGAGCCACAACGACGUGUCAGGAUUCAAGGCCAAAGUGGCACAUGGGAAAGGCGGGAAAAAAUUCGGCAAAGGAGGAAAAUCAAAUAAGCGUCCAGGGAAGGAGUCACGGAGGAAAAUGAAGGCACGUAAAUAAGCUGUAUCUUCCCAUCAGUACCUCUCAUUUAAAUGGAUUGUGGAUUUUUUUUUUAUCUAUUAUUUCUUGGGCCUCUGCAAUGUCACGGCUCCAUGCUCUUCCCCUUCUCCAUGUUAUAUAUUUUUGUAGGCUUGUAUUUAAAGUAAUUCAAGUAAAACCAUACAGAAUCGUGGCAUACAGAGACCAUUUUUAAUGCAUAUCUAUGCAUAAAUAAUCACAGUAUAGACUGCCUUGUAAUGUUUUUAUAAACAUUAAAAUGUCAAAUAAACAGAAAGAGACUGAAAAUCAUUGAUCAUUAAAUUCUUAUAAUUAAAGGGAUAGUUCACCUA